AGCCGAGAAUACAUGAGCAAUGUUUUGAGUUCUGCUUCAUAGACAAGAGAUCUGUUUGUUGUUUUUUCCCCUUUGAGACCUUGGUUUCCCAUCCUGCAGGAGCCAAUCAGAAGGCAGCUGCUGGAGCCUGGGCUGAGGAGGGGGCUCUGCAUAUGGUUUGCAUUAAGGCACUGAGAAGCUGUGAAGAGCCUGGUAGUAAGGACCAGUGUAAAUUCCGUGCUGUUGAUGGCAAGGACACAGAGUUUCAGAGAUUUCCUCAGGGUUGCAAGCAGACUCAUUCUCCCACCAAGGCCUGUGUUUCCCUCCAUGUUGAAGCCAAGGAGUAGAGAGCACACAGUACUGGGCACGUGGAACCCAGAGGAGCUAAGCUGCUUGGUGUCUGUCCCUUAUGGCCUGGUCCUGCGUUGGGGGGGCUUUCUGAGCAGCAGGCAGCCCUCCCCCACACCUAGUCAGAGCCCUUUUUAUUUAUUCAUCCAUUCAUGUGGGAAGGCACACAUCCUGUGAGUUCUGAGCUUACAGCCAUACUAGACCAAAGGGUACUCUGGGAAAAACCACGGCCUGCUUCUUGAGUGAGGCUGUCUGGAGGUCCGGCUAUUUUUGUUUGUUUUCAGUUCCCUUUAGACCAUGAGUGCCAUCUCUGGGGGUGGGGUGCGGGACUUCUAGGCUUUGGUUCCGUGGUCCUCCGUUUGUUGUAGGAGCUAUGUAUGGUCACCCUUUUCUCUGACACCAUCAAGGGGCCCUACUUACUCUCUUUGCUGUGGUGGACUUUGGCACGGAUGGUUUGUUCGUGAAGCUUGCUAACCAUCCCUCCUGACCCUUGCUGUGAGCUCUGCCCCUGGACUCUCCAUUUCCAUCAGGGAGCUUGGAGUGGCUGUGGAGGCCAGCACCUUCUUCUGAUGACCUUGCUGACUUGACCCCCCAUUUUUGGGGGGUCCUAGGUCUCACGGCGGGGGUUUGAAAUGGAUGCUGGUGGGAGAAGAAAUGGACUGGAAGACAGUAUUGGGAGGGCAGUGGAGGCAGAGCUGGGGAGGGCGAGGUAAGGAAAAGGAGGGAACAUUUAGGAGACCUGCUGGGAAAGUCAAGUAGAGAAUUAGGAAGGUGCGCUGCAAUACAUAGGGUUUUUUUUGUGGCUUCCUUCUUGCUAGCUCUCCAGGGCUGUAUGCUGGUUGGAACACUGGGAAUAUCCCUGUGGCUUCAUCUAGUGCUCUGGAGUCAUGGUGUCUUGGUUGUCCCCAACCUUCUUUACCCUGUAGUUGGAGGGCCCUUAUGAGCAGGCUCUGCAGGCACUGCCAUGGGGGGUAUUAGCAAGGCAAGAUUCUGCUGCACAGGCUCGAUCCGGCUUUUCUGUGCCCUGCAGAGUGACCUAGAAUGCAGUUGUGGGAGCCUGAGGAGUGGGCAGUGGAUGAUGAUGCCCGGGAUGAUGCGUUAGUGGCUGGCUCUGGGCCCUGAGUCUGCAGCCGAGCUUGCUCUGCGUGGGUGAAUCCAUUCUGUUAGCAGCCUUGGCUGCAGCCCGGCUGGGCCCUAGGCCCCGGGAGUGGAUGUGCUGAGCUGCAGCAGUAAGUAUACACUGGGAAGCCUUCCCCUUGGACCACGUGAACACAGAGAGGGCAGCUUGCAGACAGGACUGCUGCCAAGCAGAAAGGCUAGGGGCCUGGGAAGGAUUUUUUGGGGGAAUGUUGGUUUUCAGAGGAAUAAACUGAAGUCCUGUGCCUUGGAUAACUUUGUAACUUUAAUUUCUAGUGUAGUCACGUAACUGUGGCUUGGGGAAGGCACAGGCAAAGGUCUGUUAGGGGCGGCUGAGAGUCCACAGGAAGCAGAGAUGAAGUGAGCAAUCUCACAGGUUGAUGAGGAAAACACAGGGCCUGGCGUUGGUGCUUGAAGACAUUUUCAUUGAGAUUUGAUUCUUUCUAAAGUUCUUCCUCAAGUGCAAUCAGAACUGCCUGAAGAAUGCGGGCAACCCUCGGGACAUGCGGAGGUUCCAGGUCGUUGUAUCGACAACAGUCAACGUGGACGGCCACGUGCUGGCCGUGUCUGACAACAUGUUUGUGCACAACAAUUCCAAACACGGGAGGCGGGCCCGCCGCCUAGACCCGUCAGAAGGUACGGCCCCUUCUUAUCUGGAAAAUGCCACUCCGUGUAUCAAGGCUAUCAGCCCCAGUGAAGGCUGGACCACGGGGGGUGCCACUGUGAUCAUAAUCGGGGACAACUUCUUUGACGGUCUACAAGUUGUGUUCGGAACUAUGUUGGUGUGGAGUGAGCUGAUAACCCCCCACGCCAUCCGAGUGCAGACGCCGCCUCGACACAUCCCUGGAGUUGUUGAAGUGACCCUCUCCUACAAGUCUAAGCAGUUCUGCAAAGGCGCUCCUGGACGCUUUGUCUACACUGCCCUUAAUGAGCCAACCAUAGAUUACGGCUUCCAGAGGUUGCAGAAAGUGAUACCCAGACAUCCAGGUGACCCCGAAAGGUUACCCAAGGAAGUGUUACUGAAGAGGGCAGCAGACCUUGUGGAAGCCUUGUAUGGGAUGCCUCACAAUAACCAGGAGAUCAUCCUGAAGAGAGCGGCCGACAUUGCUGAGGCGUUGUACAGCGUUCCCCGCAAUCACAACCAGAUCCCCACCCUGGGCAACACCCCAGCACACACUGGCAUGAUGGGUGUGAACUCCUUCAGCAGCCAGCUAGCCGUUAAUGUGUCAGAGACCUCACAAGCCAAUGACCAAGUCGGCUACAGUCGCAAUACAAGCAGCGUGUCCCCGCGAGGCUACGUCCCCAGCAGUACUCCCCAGCAGUCCAAUUACAACACAGUCAGCACUAGCAUGAAUGGAUAUGGAAGUGGCGCCAUGGCCAAUCUAGGGGUCCCUGGCUCGCCUGGAUUUCUUAAUGGCUCCUCCGCUAACUCUCCCUACGGCAUAGUGCCGUCCAGCCCCACCAUGGCAGCCUCUUCGGUCACCCUCCCUUCAAACUGUAGCAGCACACACGGCAUUUUCUCAUUCUCACCUGCCAAUGUCAUCUCCGCAGUGAAACAGAAGAGCGCUUUUGCGCCCGUGGUCCGGCCCCAAGCCUCGCCUCCUCCUUCCUGCACCAGCGCCAACGGGAACGGACUGCAAGGCUCUCUGCUGGGUGCCGAGGACGCAACCGUGGAGAAGACAAACUGGCCCUUUUGUGAAGUCGGUGGUAUAUUCCACUUUGAUGAACUAAUGCUCAAAAAAGGAACUGGAAAGCUAUGUCUGGGCUGGUAGUCCCGCCCAUGUGAGGGGCUCUGUUUGCCUUCGCAGCACCCAGCAUCCAAGGACGGACUUCAGGGGACACGUGUAGUGUGUUAAGAUGUGCUGAUGGAAACACUAUCUUCAAAACUAAAAAUCAGCCACAGUUGAAUGCUACAAAAGACAUUUAAAGAUUUUAUUUAAACUGUUAAGAAUCAAGCCGCGAACAAGCCCACUCCUUCAUGAACAAUUCCACUUUAUUGACUGAACUCUUCUCAUACCUUCACAUUUCUCAGUCCUGAAGAUUAAGGAAACAAAGCACCGCCUAUUUUGUAUAAAGUUUCUGAUUCCGUCUUGGCUGUCUAGUGCGUGCUAUCUGUGUGGGGAGAAGCUUCGUGAAUAUGCACCGUUUUGAUGCCCAUGCAACAGUGAGGAAGAAAAACCCUCGAGACAUUUUUUCUGUACUCAUAUUUAGAUUCACAAUGGUUGUGUAUCUCUAUAAUGUGAAAUAUUUUUUUGUGGUGAAUAAAAGGGGGCCAAGGAGGUAUGAGCCAUUAACUGGAACAGACGAGGAUAUGACUAGGUGAAUUUGGGGUGGCAGGGAGGGAGGGAGGGUUUAUCAUUGCUUAACUUCAUCUUAAUGAAAUGAAACUUUGUAACUUAUUGUAGUUAGAAAUUGUAACUUUGAUAUCGAAUCUCUUGCCUUCAACAAGCACACUGACAGAGAAAAAAAAAUAUGCUACUGUCUGUUGGUUCCAAUAUUCUCCCACCUAGAGCUUCCUGUUAAAGCAAGUGCGAUCAGCAACAUUUUUCAACUUUCGCGCACUGUAAACCUAUUGCAUUCUUAGGCUACUGUGAGGUCUAUGUUUCUUGUACCUGAAAUUGUCCUUUGGACUCCUAGACCCUUCUUCCCCGAUGUGUUUUGUAUGUGGUUAUAAAAUUGUAGACUUUUGUGAUUUUGCCAAAGUUGUAGCUAAAUAUUUAUACACUUGUCUUGAAUUUUUUUCAGAUCCACUUAAAAUAUUUAGAAAAACGAGUUUUAUUCCUUAUGGGUCUUAUAGGGGAUAAAAUGCUCUUCUUCCAUGCGACACUUCCUUUCCCAUGAACACUUGCAGUUGCUAAGGGACUUUAUUUUGUAACAUAUUAAUUAUAAAUAUUGUAUUUAUCUUUGAAAUUUUGUACAUUGCUUUCCCUGCCUUCUUUUUUCACGUCUGUUUUGGUGUUUGAUCCCUGCCCAGUGUUGUCGCACAGGGGAAGGGCAGAUACCAAGACCUGUCUGUUGGAUCUGUUUUGUUGAGAUAAACUGAUGUCCUUACAUUUCAUUUGUACCUAAACCAUUUGCUAUCGUUUAGACUUUCCACCCCCCACCCCUUUUUUUUAUGUUGAGGAAAAGUCAAAUUCAUUGUUUAUUUUUAUAUUAUUUUUAAGUUAUCUGAACAAAUACUUUUGAAAAGAAAAGUUUGUUGUAUAGUCAAAAGAAAACGGUGUCAGCGGCCGAGACAAAUUCUGGUAGGUUCUGUGCAUGUGAAGCGGCCGUGAAGGGGCCACAUCGUCCGGGCUGUGUCCUUAUUUAAUUUUUAAUUUUUAAUUUUUUCGUAGAAUGUAAAAAAAAAAAAGUCAUUUUAGCUGCCACCUAUGACUUUGCCACAUAGCUGAACUGUGUUUACUGGAAAAAUUCAGAGGCCUAAAGUUUAAAAUAAAAUUUACUUCCGACGUUUUAAUUACAAAUGUUUGCCACAUUAACUUCUCUGAUGCCUUAAAAGUGGACUUCUUUGAAGAACUUCUGUGCUAUUUUAUCACAGGCUCAUACCACAAUUGUUAAUAUCUGGAGAUGGAUGAUGAACACACACACACACACACACACACACACACACACACACACACCAAAAGCACAAACCUCCAGUCCGCCAGUCACUUCUUCCUGGGUCUGUCUGCUGCUCUCGGUCCUCUAAGCUCCCCUUGGAGUUGGAGAGGUAUCGGGGACACUGCUGGUUAGUACGUUUUGAUUUUAAACAGGACCUUUGUGUGGUCAGAUCCCACAGCACUGCCUGUCCUUUUUUUUUUAACUGGAAAGACCUCCUUCAGACACUCUGCCUCUUAGUGCCAAACCCACCGUCAGACCAAGAGUCAGGACUUCAGGACUCUGUCCUUCCUUCCCACUCAUCGCCCUUGCAGACAGCGUGUGCUUUGCGAACAGCAGCAGAAGUCACAUUUAGAACAAAAAGGAGGGGAUUAUAAAAAAACUAGACACACACCUUCACAAAGAGACAACAUAGAGCUUAGAAAGCGUUCAUUCAAGGGACUCAGUAAGAGAAACGGAAUGUCCCCAAGGGUCAGUGGGCCACACUCUGGCUUUGUGGCUGCUGACAGGGCUUAGCUACACGAACAGCCUGAGAAGUCACUUUGGAACUAAAUUGCCUCGAUUUAUUUUGUGUAAGUAAGGGUUUGACCUAAAAAGAGCUCACGUGCACAUUAGCAAGUGUCCUCAUGCCCGCACCCGGUUUGUGUUGUAGAUCAACUAGCCAACGCCCUCAUUGCUUCAUUGUGUCAAAAAACCGAGAGCUUCACUAAAUGGUAGAUUUUGCUGUCAGAGACCCUACAAUAAGAUUGUUUUAUCUGUACAUUUUUUCAGAUAUUUAACUGUAUAAAAUGUUCAUUUUACACAAUAUUUAAUUAAAGUAUUUCUUGUCUGUGAAUUUCA